UGCUGACCAGCCGCCCGAACCAGUCCAAUCCGUGGCACCGGUGCGGUCAGGUUGGUUGCAGUUCUGUGUGCAGUGUUUUUGGUGAAAGCAAAACUUGAUCUUGGGCGCAAAAAUGUCCCGGAACAUCGUGUUGUGUUUUCUAGUGACGGUUGCUUGCGGCGCCAGCGCCUACGGCCGAAAGCUGGAGUGCAGCGAACACCGCGAGAUGGAGUGCGAAGUCUCCAACUUUACCAUCGUCGAGUCGAUGGACCUGUCCGAGUACGAGUUCCCGGACCAUCCGCACCUGGCGUUCGGUACCUACCCGCACUCGGACGACUCGACGUACGUCGUCACCAUCGGUAAGGAGCUGGCCGACCGGCUCCAGUCGACCGAGAAGCUCGAGAUUCAGAACGUCUCCCUGCAGACGAUGGUGCUCUGGCCGAACCUGCGCUCGCUCGAUGCGUCCCACAACUACUUCUUCGAGCUGAUCGUCGAGCCGGGGCAGAACUAUCAGCUGCGCGAGCUCAACCUCAGCUACAAUCGCUUCCAGUCGAUCGAGUUCGUGCAGGCGCUGCCCGCCCUGCGCACGCUCGAUCUGCGCCACAACUAUCUGGAAUCGCUCAGCUUCUCGCUGUUCGACAUGGCGACCGAGCUGUGGAAGCUGAACCUGGCCAACAACCGACUCCAGACGAUCUCGACCGACGGGUCGCUGCAUCUGCCGCGCCUGUCGACCCUGCUGCUGCACGACAACCUGCUGAGCGUGCUGGACGCGAGCGAGUGGCGGUUCAGCAUGCUGCAGGAGCUGAACGUCGCUCGCAAUCGGCUGCGCUAUCUGAGCAUGUGCGAGGUGAACCAUUCCUUCCCGCACCUGCAGACGCUCUACCUGGACGAGAAUCGGUGGGAGUGUGGCCAUCUGAACGCCACCAUCCGCCAGCUCCAUCAGCUCGGCGUCAAGGCGAUGGCGUACUACGACACGGAGGACCAGGAGCACUGCAACACGGCGAUCGACGAAAUCUGCUGCUACUAGACGGGUUAGUGUGCGGUUCAAUAGAGGCGCCCUCUUUUUCUUGGUCAAUUGCACACACAAACACGCUUUUUGUAUCCCUUCACCUUCUGUCACUGUCGCUGCUGCAUUAAUAAAUUGAUCAACGGGCUUGACGGACCGUCGGAUCCAAUCGAUUGGUGGCAUCUUAAAACAUGAUUUAUUGCCCUCAUCUCACUUGCUUGAGUGUGGCGCAUCAACCAGCUUAUCAGGAUCUCUUAAGCAACAGAGGUCACAGCUGCAGCACGAACAAUCGAAGAAGCAAUUUCUUUGUCUAUAGCAUUAACGUGCUGUACAUUGCAUUGCAUUGUUGGCAGCAAAUGAAGUGUGGUUCGAAAAAUCGUGCACCUUUUCCAACGUUCGCCAAAGAUCGUAGGCCUUACCUAGGUGCAGCCUGUUAACCUUGCAGUGUAGCACACGUCUAACAUGGAAAUGCAAUUUGCUUUAAGCCUUCACCACAAAGAAACAAAAAACAAAUACACCCUUACAAGACGAGUCAUCACGAGAUCCUGUUGAACUGUGUGGAGUGUCGCUUGUGAUGUUACCGUAAAUUAAACGCAACAACCAAAAUAGUCAUCGCACAAAAAUUCCUGACAGUCUGGCUCUGUUAGAGAUGAA